AUGGCAGUUUCCACUAACAAUAUCGUCUUCAAAAGAACAUUGGUAGCAGCUUGGGACCUACAAGACCCAGAUCUUGAUAAGCCCAGCAAGCGAAGUCGACAGCGGGCCACUGAGAGGCUGGGCAUGGGUGGCGACCGCCGCAACAAGGUGGCGAGGCAGCAUAUUCUGCCCGGGGGGAAAUAUCGAGCGAUUUGUAAACUCUUCAUGGGAUUCUCCGGAAGCAAAGGGUUUGAGUACAUGGGAACAGGCUGGCUGAUCACACAAGACAUUGUUGUGACUGCGGCUCAUUGUUUGUAUGACAGUGAUGGUGGGUACCUGCGAUACAUCAAGGUCUAUAUUGGCUAUGAGGGCCCUGAAGACUCGGCCUUGAGACGGAACGCUUGCGAAAAGCGCCUGGGGAAGAUUGCAACUAUUCCUGCCGAGUAUAUAAAAACAGGACAUACCAUUCACGACGUCGGCUUUAUCAAACUGGAGGAGCCGUUCAAUAAUGUGGAGCCUUUCCAGCCAGAGGAAACUCCUAAAUUCUCCAAGGCAAUGAAUCUGGGGGUUGUUGGUUAUCCUGGAGAUAUCGAAGGAGGAAAUGAGAUGUAUGAGCAUUGGGACCAAACGGAUAUUGACUUGGCCAAGAAUGGGCUUCUCAAUUACUGGAUCGACACGGAGGCGGGAGAGUCAGGAUCUCCCAUACUGCGGGAGAUUAGAGGAACACAGAGAUUUGCGCCGAUCGGUGUUCACACAGAUGGCGGCUCCCCCAACUCUGGCUCCGUAAUCGGUCCAUUGGGGAACUCCUUCGCAGACUAUACAGCAGCGAUCAAAAUCAAGCAGACAAAAACCCUACCUCCAGGCGCUGAGAGAAUGCCCGUCCCCCGACUUGUGGGCGCCCGCAACCUGGAGUACAUCACUAUUCCGGCGUCAAAGGGUAGCGUCACGCCAAUUGAGUCUUAUGGGGAGGACCCAGCAGGCAAAAGACACGGCAAAGAAAGUUCUGCGAUGCCAGGCAGUAUGUUUGGAUCUGUAUGGCGCUCAAAUGAACAUAAAGAGGCCGGAAGGAUCAUUUCAGACCUUGAAAGUCCAACUAAAGGAAGGCCCGCUCAGCAUGAAAAGGCCAAGGAGGCUGCCAGACGAGUUAGAGACCUUGAGAGUGGGUUAUCGGGCUCUCGAAAGAAGGAGUUUGGUCCCGAAGCGCACGUCUUCAUCAGGGAGCUUGUCAAUUACAUGAAAAUGCAUCGCGGGUUGCCCCUACCGUAUAGGGCGGACGGGGUACAACAUUGGGAUCCUCUCCAUCUACCUGGAAGACAGGAGCGAGCAGGUUCCAGGAGGACAGCAGAGAUGUACACUGGACGCCCCCAGACACUACCAGCAACAGCAUACAAAGAGAGUGGACCUCCUACUGGAGAGACACAGGAGGACCUCAUCAAACAAGUUGAUGAGCGAAUGCAGACAGAGCAGGGACCACAGACUAAAUUCUUCCUCAAUUUCCCCCCCAAGCUGACGGGUGAAGCCAAAAAGGAGCUCCGGAAGACCAUGCGCUAUGUUCAAGAAUGGCAAUGCUGGGCGUACGGUCUGGCAGCAUUGAAAACUCAGCAGCAGGUCAGACAAGGAAAAUUGACCGCAGAGGCCUCUCAGUUGGGUGCAGUGAAGCGGUCGACAUAUGAGAAUAUGGUGUAUGAUCAUAUCAUGCGCAGUAGUCCUUGGCUUGCCAAGACAAAGGAUGAAGUGCAAGUAAGAAGGUUUAAGGAAAGCAAGGCAAACUUCCACACCUCACUCAUUCAAGCUGUCAUCAGUGGUUUCACACUCCCCGGCGAGUUCAUGAAGACCCUCCAUGAGGCCUUGGAUAGCAUUUCGAGUGGGAUUCUCGAAGUCAGCAAGAAGUCUCGGAGUGUGGAGCUUCAGUAUUUCAUCAUGCUCACAAAAUAUGAUUACGAAAGCUUGAGUGAGACAAUUCAAGCAUCCAUCCGAGUGAUCAGCUUCAAAACAAACGCCAGCGUGAAUUCAUUUACCUUUGGCAAGAGUAGUUAUGCUGAUGUUGAUAUGGAGUUCACCUACCAUCAAUAUCAAUGCAACUUCAACACCGAGCUGUAUGGGAGCACCCAAGAAGAGAUGAACCGCAAGGUGGUGGAAGCAGGGCGCAAGUUUAGCGGACUUAGUGUCGAUGACAUCGACCUCCAGGUUGAAUCAACUAGUAGCUCCCAUGAGUCUGUGGGACGCGUUUACGAUCCUAGGCAUAAGCAAUGCGCUCUUGUGCAGGAUACCGAGACAACCUAUGACAGUAUUGUGGGGAAUCUAGCACAGUUAACUAAUGUACAGAAGGGGUUAGACAAUGACGACGCCGAUAUACUGAACACCGAGUCAGUAGAUGCCGGAGUUGCUGCAUUAAUUGGUAUGAGACUAGCUAUGCAGGGCCAGCAGCAGCUGAAAGAGGUUAUCCCUCAUCAAAAGGAGGAAGUCAUUACUCAAUUCCCGCAAUAUUGGCAGUUAAUAGGCAGCCUGGUUUUCAAGCAGUUGUUUCCGGACACGUCCAUUCCCAGGGCAUUGCGCUUUCAUACAGCCGAAAAGGAUCUCCAGGGUGAACUUGAAAAGCAGAUCGAUAAGACACAAUCGAUGGAGAGGCAUAAUGAAUCUCUCCUGCAUGCUUUGGAUGCGGCCAAAGCCAAAGCAGACGCCCAAGAAAAGGAAAUUAUGGAAGAGAGAGAGAUAGUCAAGGCACUUCGCAAAUUGGUCUCUAGUGACAAAAUUGACGAUGAGUUGAAAUCAGCCGAGCUUCAGAUUGAAAAAUUGAAAGCCGAAGUUGAGAAAGUCGAACAUGACAAGAAUGACGCCGAAGGACGCGAAAGAAAGCUCAAAGACCAACUUGAAAAGAAUGAACACCCAUAUGCCUUUCGACUCAAAAACCUGCUAUCGAUUCCAGGCUUGACGAACUGGGCCAGAAGGGGAGUUGUGGAUCUGGUAACCGACUCUGACACUGAAAGGCCUGACGCCUUUGAAUCCAAGGAGAUUCGAUUCGGUGAUGAUCCCUUUCUUGAAGACAUGGUUUUCAUGAAGCCUAAUGUUCUAACUGGGAUCUCUGGACUGAAAUCUGCCAGCAAAAGCCUUGACUUCAGUACCAUGCCAACAGAUGUCGAACUAGAGGAAUUUACACUUUUCCAUAAAAGAGAUUGCCUUUUGCGCAAGUUCACGGUCAACUGGCUUGCUAUAUCAGACUUCAAUGCCGACAUUAUGAUCCGUCGGUGUGACCUCGACUGCAGUGACAUCGCGGAGGGUGCGCUAGUUAUCGAAAAGGAUAUCCAGAUGCUCAUUCCCCAUAAGUCUGGCAUCUAUACCUACAUUGAUACCCUCCGUACCGCUUCCUCGAGUCUGGCAGAAGAAAUCCAAUUCAGAUUGUCAGUAAGUGAGAAUUACAGGGUAGUCACUGACUGGAGUUUGAAUUGCUUUACGAGGAUUGGAUAUGUAUAUCUGGCGAUUGGUCAAGGAAUGAACAAUCGACGAGUCAAGGCUGGAUAUAUUGAACAUGGCUCUCAACUUGGGCCUUUACAUAACUGGACUGUGGAAUUCGACAAGGAGUUCCCAUUCACCGAGCCACCCGCUGUCUUUAUCGCUCUGAAUUCCUUUGGGAAAUGCAAACCAGAGCUUUUGCAUUUCAGUGCUCGACUCGGUUCAGUGGACAUGCAGCGAAUGGAGGUUACAACAAGCAAAGAUUGCAAUGUCGGAGGUCCUGACUUUGUUAAGUUUCUGUGGAUUGCCGUCGAACCUAGUGCCCCCGAUGGGGGGCCUUGA